GUACAUUUCUCAGACGUAUUUACUGCUGUCAAGUUGAACUAGAUUUUACCUCAGUAAGUUGAACAGUUUUUUUUUUCUUCACAAACACGACAGUUUAAAUUGUCGCAUAUUCUGCGUUAAUAUGUUUCACUUGGCUGCUGCGGCAACCUCUUUUAAACGACGAGCUUGUACCGGCUGUUUUUAUGCUGAGAGAUCCGGGGCUCCUAAAUUUCAGAAGGAGGGGUGAUGGGCAGAGCUCAUUCUGCGUAUAUGACACAUUCGAUCGUUUUCUUUUUCCACACAAAUAUUUUAAUCACAAGUCUUUUCUGUGUAUUUUGCUUAUAACAAACCCAGUUCACGUUGUUCUGUAAAACAACUUUUAAUUUGUUUCUGCGCGACAACUCUCCCCUUCAAUCGGAGUGGAUUCCUCCGGGGAAAAGGAAACGUGAAGAUCAUAACGGAACAGUGUGGGAAUAAACGCCGUAGCAGUUCCUCAUUCAUUCCGGCUAUUUAAAACUUAAAGACAACGACUGCAUAUUAAAAACGAAGGUUUUGGUUAUUUGAAAUGUAAAAGGGAGCUAUGUUGGUUUUCUGGACAGAAGGUUUUUAAAGGAAAUCUUCUAUAAGUCCCAACAUGUCAGCACUGAGCCAUUUCACAGGAAGUGCUGAACUUAGCUCAGCCCAGGUGUGGACUUGCUGAGCUCUUUGAUCUGCAUCUGUACUUGGUUCUGGACUCAUGUAAGACUGAGCAGAAGCAGAACCAUGUCAGAAACCCUCCAGCUGCCCGUGCUGCAGAUCCAGGGCCCAGUAGACGGGGAGUGCAAUGGAUGCGAGGUGGAUCCGGCCCUGUCCAGCUCGUCUAGCCCCUCUCUGCGGCGCAAGCGCUUUAAAAUGCGCCGGAUGAAGAACGUCAUGAGCGAGAAGGAGCAACUGGAGAAGGAACAACUUCAGCGUUCCGGGAGUAAGGAGUACCUGCAGCUUCCGUCCAUUGAGAUCACGCCAUCCAGCGACGAGGACGCAGCGUGGUCGAGUUGUUCCACCCCCAGCGCCUCGCCCCAACGCAGACGCUUCCUCCUGCGCAAGUGGCUGAGAGGAGGCGAGAAAAAAGAGCACGGCAGUGAGAGCAGCAGUCAGCAGAGCAGCCUGCAGAGCAGCCAUGAGGAAGAGUCCACGCGCUACCUGAGCCCCAACCCCCGCGACGACAGCACUGCCAGUAACUCGAACCGCAGCUCGCCGGCCUGCUCACCUGUCCUGCGUAAACGCUCGCGCUCCCCAACGCCCCAGAGUCCAGAGGGAGAGAACAUGGUGGAAAAGAGCUCUGAUCAUUCCUCUGAUAAAUCCCCCUCCACCCCGGAACAAGCCGUCCAGCGCACCUACAGCCAGUCGCUUCACACCACCCGCCCCGGAGGGAAAAACUCCAAGUCACACAAGAGACUGUCUAAAAAGAGUCAAAGCUGGUAUAACGUUUUGAGCCCCACAUACAAACAGCGAAAUGAAGACUUCAGGAAGCUCUUUAAGCAGCUGCCCGACACAGAGCGCCUCAUUGUGGACUACUCCUGUGCCCUGCAGAGAGAUAUCCUCCUGCAAGGUCGCCUCUACCUCUCCGAAAACUGGAUCUGUUUCUAUAGCAACAUAUUCCGCUGGGAAACGCUGCUGACUGUGAAGUUGAAAGAUGUUUGCUCCAUGACGAAAGAGAAGACGGCUAGACUCAUCCCCAAUGCCAUCCAGCUGUGCACAGACAGUGAAAAGCACUUUUUUACCUCAUUCGGGGCAAGAGAUCGGACAUACAUGAUGAUGUUCAGACUCUGGCAAAAUGCUCUACUGGAGAAGCCAUUGUGUCCCAAGGAGCUGUGGCACUUUGUCCAUCAGUGUUAUGGGAACGAACUGGGUCUAACCAGUGAUGAUGAGGAUUACGUACCUCCUGAUGAUGACUUCAACACCAUGGGGUACUGUGAGGAGAUUCCUGCUGAAGAAAACGAGGCCAAUGACAACUGCCCUAAAACCCCAGACGCCAAAAUGGACAUCAGCCCCCAGCUCCACAGGAAGGUUUUCCCCAACAGCAGUCUGAAUUCCACAGACAGCACAGACGCUCCGGUCAACUUUGACGUGCCCCCAGUGGAGGACUUCAGUGGCUGCGUCCCAGAAGAACUCCUACCCCUGUCGUUACCAGACAACAAGCUGUCAGAGACCAGUGGCUCCGCCCAUGUCCCCGUCCCCUCACCUUCCCUUGACUUCAACGACAAUGAGGACCUCCCCACAGAACUCAGCGACUCCUCAGAAACACACGAUGAGGCAGGGGAAGUGCAGGCUUUCCAGGAAGAUCUGAAUGGGAAACUGUACAUUAAUGAAGUGUAUAAGUUCAGUGUGGAUAAAAUGCAUGACAUCCUCUUCACUGAAUCCCAGUUCAUGAGAGAGUUUCUGGAGCAGAGACGCUUCUCAGAUGUGGUCUAUCACCCGUGGAGGAAAGAAGACACUGGUAAUCAAACCAGAGAGAUCAUGUACACCAUCUCCCUCUCCAACCCACUGGCCCCAAAGACAGCCACAGUCACAGAGACGCAGACUUUGCACAAGGCCAGUCAAGUGAGCGAGUGCUACAUUAUCGACGCUGAGGUGAUUGCUCACGAUGUCCCGUAUCACGAUUACUUUUACACGCUCAACCGCUACAUGCUCACUAGAGUCGCCAAGAACAAGUGCCGCCUGAGGGUGUCAGCUGAACUACGCUACAGGAAGCAGCCAUGGGGAUUGGUCAAGGGCUUCAUUGAGCGAAACUUCUGGAGCGGCCUGGAUGAAUAUUUUAGAUAUUUAGAGCUGGAGUUGAGUAAGGUACAGCUGGUGCUAUCUGAACCUCACAAACAGUCUCCCAAAUCCAAAGCGCUACGCACAGCUACAGUGAGGCGGAGGAAACGGCCGCUGACGCACAUGAGGCAGCAGAACCUGGACGAGGCCCUCAGCCCUGUCACCACACCUGAGGAUGAGAAGAGUGUCAUCCAUCGCAUCAAACACGUGGCAGGAUCCACACAGACCAGACACAUCCCGGACCACAGAUCUGAAGGCCUGGCUCUCUACAGCGUUUCCAAACUUCUGCUUAUAAUCAGCUCUGUUCUGGUGCUACUGGUCUUUUUGAACAUGAUGCUGUUUUAUAAGCUAUGGAUGCUGGAAUACACGGCUCAGAGUUUGACCGCCUGGCAGGGUCUCAGGUCUCAUGACAGUAAACUUCCACAGACACAGAUUGAAUGGGCUCAACUUUUGGAAUCUCAGCAGCGUUACCAUGAAAACGAGCUGGAAAAAUGGAGGGAAAUAAUAAAGUCAUCUGUGCUGUUAUUAGAUGAGAUGAGAGAGUCUCUAAUGAAGCUACAGAAAGGUAUCAGGUUGAGAGACUACGAUUCAGACAGUGAAGAAAGAAGAAGUCACUAUCACUGACGAACAGAGUCCUGGCUCAGCCAAUGUAAUGAACAUCUCCACAUGCAAGAGACCAGAUGAGCUGGGCCGGGGCAUGGUAAGUGCACGGCACUGACUGAACUGCUCUCACGGUCCGGCUGCAGCGCUGUGAGGCAUUUCUGACAACAGACGCUGAAGGAAAUCCAAUACUGUAAUUUCUCUAUCUUCUCUGUGAUGAAAGAGCUGAAAAAAUGAAGGAAUGCAGUCCUGUGAUGGUGGAAUCGGUCGUCUGUUCACCCAGGGCUUAAACAAACGCACCAAAACAAUUCAACUGUCACUUCAGAACAGACACAGACUCUCUGGUUUAAACACUCGGAAAACUUGAGCGGAUGUUGGAAAUCGGCAGCAUCCCUUUUUUAAACCUUUUGGAGUCUGGGACCAGAUAAAGAAAAUACGGAGUUACUAUCCGAAAGUGUUACGUGGACAUGUACACAUUUAUUUAUAAAAACAAAAUAUGGAAUUGAAUGAUAUUAUGAUACACAUGAAAAUAUAUAAUUUCUAUGUAGAGCUAUAUUUGUUGCCAGAGUUCAUUUGUAACAGGCUUCCAUGGAGAAUCAAGGCUGGUCCCUUGAUAGCUUGCGCCAUGGUGCAUCGACUAUAUGCAACUGGUAUAUCCUCCCCUGUUUGGAGGAAUGACUUCCUCCGAUUGGUUGAUUUGCAAUGGCAAAAGAGCCACAGUCUCUAAGGUUCCAUCUACGAAGCGUCAUCGGCUGCAUUCCAGUAUCCAUACUACUGCACAAUAAAAGUACAUACUUGGAAAAGGUACAUGUGUUUAGGCAUAUAGGACACGGUUAAGCCACAAGUAUGCUUUUUCCAUGUCCCGAUCCAUCUUGCGCACAGCUGAGCUUGCAAACCUUUCAUUCGCUGAUUGACAGAUGAUUUUUCAGUCUUCGCCAGUUUAAUGUGCAGAGUAAACUAUAGGAAAAUACUGUCAAAAUAUUGUCAAAAAAGCUUGUUGAAGGAACAUCGGCUCAACCAAUGGCCUGAGUUUGAGAGCGGGAGUAGCUGAAUGGUACUACGGAGGUUGUUUGGCACAUUUAAUAUCAAACUGAACAGGAAAACUCGAUUUUUAAAAAAGAAAGUAGUCUGUUUCUACAGUAGCUCACAUUUAGAUUUUUACUUGGGCAAUUAGGAUUCAAAAGUCAUAAAAGUUUUGUUCAUGGGUGAAGAUAUCAUGAUGAACAAAACGUGCAAGAAUCAUAAACCGUUGUUGGACACAGAGCUUACUUUCUGCAAUAAACAAAAAGCCAAUGGAAGAAUCCUUUUGGGUUUUUGUCGAGGGAACCAGGGUGAUGGAAACUUCUGGCCUGCAAAAAUAUGCCAUCACUUCAGCACUCUAUUAUGAGGAAAAGUAUGGGAAUUGGGAUGCAGCCAUCAAGUCAACCAAACCUCUCAUGCAGUGGUUAACUACAGCAGGUCCACCCCAGCCAAUAGCAUCCAUUCAUUUGUGAAUGAGUUAUUGUUACAUGAAUGUGUUUCUGUUCUCCCUCAGGGUUCAUUUAUGUCCUGUGGGCAGCUGUAAACAACUUCAUAUUGCCAAGCUUUGAUUUUAAAGCCAUUCCAUGUUUUCUUUUUCAAUGUUGUAUGUUGUUUUUGUGUUUUGAUGCUGAACCAGCUGCUGGAUGGGUGAGAGAUGCACAUUGGUCAUGUGAUGUCAGAAAGUAUUUAACAUUGUUUUUUAUUAGCGUUGUGGAGCUGGACAGACAUUUAUCUUGAUGUGUUCUUACAGAGAGACCAGCAGUGGGUGUGUUAAGACUGAACUGUGAAAAACCCAGGUUAUGCUUGAAUUUACAAAGAGAAACUGUCUAGAAACUUUGGCAAUAUAAUAAAAAAUCAACCUCAUGAUAAUGGUCAAAUUGACUAAAACCUUGAGGUGUCAUACGCAAAAACUUGUGUUUUCUCAUACCAAAUUCCAACACACAAGUAGAUGAUGUAUUUAUAGUAGGAGCUGUGAUCCUAGAGUGGCCUGUAUUGAUAUUGAGCCAUGGUGCUUGUGUUGGCAACAUGGGUUUGAGUCUAGCUAAUUUCCCGAUCCUUUCCUCCUCAUCAGGAAUAAUUUUAAUCCUUAAUCCUAAAAGGCCAAAAAUAAAACUAGAAAUGUGUUUACUGGAGUUGAUCUAUUUCUAAGGAGCAAUUUCACAAUCUAAAGUUCUAGUUUGAUUAUUUAAAUAUCAAGUGGUUUUGUGGAGUCUUUCACAGAAUAUACAACAUUAAUAAAGUUCAUUAAUAAGUCCAAUUGUCUCUGGCAUUGUUUAAACCAAUGUAUGACAGAGCUGAUGGCUUUCUUAGUCCAGAACAUGUGAUAGAUGUGAAACUUCUCAGACGGAUAUGAACCAGUCCAAUUUGUUCAAAACAACUGGAUCUUAGAUGACCAUUUUGUCCUGUGAGGUCUUGUGCAUGACUUUUGGAGCCUCUGCUAUCCCAUGUUGGCUUUAGUGGCAGACCUCUUAUCCUAUUUUAUAGCAACAAGGCCAAUUAGGAAAUUAAAAAACAGCACCUGCGGGCCAUAGUGAUCAACUUGAACACUGUUUAUGCUAAGGGGUCAGUUAGCUGUUAAGAAUAGACGCACACAAAAUGCAUUUUUCAUGAUGGUUAUGUUCCUAAAAAUCAAUCCAGAACAGGGACUACAGUUCAUUCAUGUCUGUAUUCAUCCUCAUUAUACCAAUAUGCAGUAUUAAAUGUGCAAUGUAUGUUCAAGUAGAGUGUGUAAGUACUGCUGAAACUCCACAUGAACCGUACGUGUGAAUGUAUUUUCUAGCUGAAAGACGAUCCUUCAUUUGGACAUAACCUGCUGGGUUUGGAAGCAUGGGUGCUUUAGAAGGCAUAAUGUCUUUUGAUGUCAAGCACUGGGAGGCCACAGAAAUAGUGCCACAUUGCUCACUGUCAGGCCCUAAAAGUAUUAUUUUUCAAGUUCUGCUAACAGUGUUAUUUUUUACUGGAUACUAUGUGCACAGACAGGAUGGUUGCUUUUCUAUGGCCAUGACUGUUAUGGUCCAGAUGGUUUGGAAAUGCAUAUGUGGUAUUUUUUAAGGCCAUGUCAAAUCCAGGAGCAAAACACUGAGAUAACAAUACACCGGGUUAUUCUUUGUUUAUUUUUCUCUCCCUGAAACAUUGAAAGAAAGAAAAAUGAGUAUGUAUUGUAAUUACAACAAUUUUUUUUUUUUUUUUAAUUAUUUAACAUUUUCUUUACAAAAUGUAUAUACACACAAGUAUACUGCAAUGUAUGUAUAUGUUGUGUACAGUCAGUGCACAUCCUACAUGCGCUGGCCGCACUGUGGGAUCCCUGAGAAACAGAAAAAACAAACAAACAAAAAAAACUAUACAGUUUGUGUUGUCAAGAAAUAGGCGGAAUGAAUAAAAGUAUUUAAAAGAGA